GCUUUUCGCUCCGCCGCCGCCGCCGCCGCCGCUGCUUCUGCGCUCAGUCUUUGCUUCCCGGCGCGGGGCGAGCCAGAGGUGCAGGCGAGGGAAGCGGGCGGCUUGCAAGCGGGGAGCGCAGCCGGCCAGGCGCGGGGAGAGCUGGUUACUAUGGCAAUGACUGCAGCAACUCCAACGUCUUUUCCUAUGAGCAACCACACCCGCGAGCGAGUCACAGUGGCCAAACUUACUCUGGAGAACUUCUAUAGUAACCUCAUCUUGCAGCAUGAAGAAAGAGAAACUAGGCAGAAGAAGCUAGAAGUAGCCAUGGAGAAAGAAGGCUUAGCAGAUGAAGAGAAAAAGCUCCGAAGAUCUCAGCACGCCCACAAAGAAACGGAAUUUUUAAGGCUGAAAAGGACAAGACUGGGCCUGGAUGACUUUGAAUCUCUGAAGGUGAUCGGAAGAGGGGCAUUUGGCGAGGUCCGAUUAGUUCAGAAAAAAGAUACGGGUCAUAUAUAUGCCAUGAAAAUAUUGAGAAAAGCUGACAUGCUGGAAAAAGAGCAAGUGGCUCAUAUACGAGCAGAAAGGGACAUCUUAGUAGAAGCUGAUGGUGCCUGGGUCGUGAAGAUGUUCUAUAGUUUUCAGGACAAACGCAACCUUUACUUGAUUAUGGAGUUUCUUCCAGGAGGUGAUAUGAUGACUUUGCUCAUGAAGAAGGAUACACUCUCUGAGGAAGAGACACAGUUUUAUAUCUCCGAAACCGUGCUCGCUAUCGACGCCAUUCACCAGCUGGGGUUUAUUCACAGAGAUAUUAAACCCGACAAUCUUUUGCUGGAUGCAAAGGGCCAUGUAAAACUCUCUGAUUUUGGGCUAUGCACAGGUUUAAAGAAAGCUCACCGAACUGAAUUCUACAGAAACCUUACGCAUAACCCCCCGAGUGACUUCUCCUUUCAGAAUAUGAACUCCAAAAGAAAAGCAGAAACGUGGAAGAAGAACAGGAGACAACUGGCCUAUUCUACUGUUGGGACUCCAGACUACAUCGCGCCUGAGGUUUUCAUGCAAACGGGUUACAACAAACUCUGUGAUUGGUGGUCUUUGGGAGUCAUCAUGUACGAAAUGCUAAUAGGAUAUCCCCCCUUUUGCUCCGAAACACCGCAAGAAACCUAUAGAAAAAUUAUGAACUGGAAAGAAACGUUGGUAUUUCCACCGGAAGUGCCCAUUUCAGAAAAAGCAAAGGACCUCAUUUUAAAAUUUUGCACGGAUGCGGAAAACAGAGUCGGCAGCAACAGCGUAGAAGAAAUUAAGAGCCAUGCGUUUUUCGAAGGGGUGGAUUGGGCCCACAUCAGGGAAAGGCCAGCUGCGAUCACUAUAGAAAUCAAAAGUAUAGACGACACCUCCAAUUUCGACGAAUUCCCCGAAUCUGAUAUUUUACAACCAGUGCCGAAUACCACUGAACCGGAUUUCAAGUCCAAAGAUUGGGUCUUCCUGAAUUACACCUACAAGAGAUUCGAAGGGCUGACUCAGCGGGGUUCGAUCCCUUCUUACAUGAAGGCUGGGAAGUUGUGAGAGAGAGACACACAGUGGGCCAGGAAACGUAAGAACUCAGGUACCCCGCCCGCCUCCGCUCGACCUCCACCCUCUCCGACGUUCCCACAGACCGGCGACCAUGGUCUCGGGGCUCUCCUCCUCCCCUCCCCGAAAAAAAACAUAAGGAAUUCUACCGGAUUAGAAUUUUCUGAGACUACUACAGACUUAUUAGUUGGCAGUGCCAGCUGGCGGCUUCUAUGAAUAGUGAAUUAUUUUUGUUAAAACUUUAUUACAACAGAGGUACUGGAAAUUUAAAGAAAAAAAGAGAGUGUGAGAGAGAAAAAGAGAAGAAGAAGAAGAAGAAGAAGCAAUCAACGUUCCUCUUUGUAUCUGCACUGCCCGAAAUGUACGUUAUAAGGGUCAAUUCUAACUCUACGGGGUCACUUGGUUUAGGGUUGGAGCCAAUGGUGGGAUUCAAAUAAUUUAAUAACCGGUUCUCUGCCCUAAUGGUUUCUUCAAACAACCAGUUCCCCAAACUGCUCUGAACGUUAACAACCAGUUCUCUCGAACCGGUGUGAACUGCCUGAAUCCCACCACCGGUUGGACCUACCUGUCAGUUUGCCCUGGUGUUCAAAAGGUCGUGUCUGUGUAAGAAGCAGCCUUGUCUGUUCUUCAACAAGGGACAGUUCCAAUUCACCUGGGCAUGGUUUGUUUUUUUGAAGGUAGAAAGGACAGGUAAUCCUCGACUUACCCUGCUUCAUUUAAUGACCCCUUCCAAAGCAGCGACAACACUGAGAAAAGCGACUUCAUGGCCUUCCCCCCCCCCACACACACACCCAUGUCCAUUUUCCAGCCUCUUCCCACGGUGAUCAAAAUUCAGACUCGUAUUUGCGAUGGAUGCAGGGUUGACGUGACCCCUCCCCCUUUUGCAACCUUCUGACCAGCAGAGUGAAAGCUGGAUUUGCUUCACAAGUGUGUGACUCACUUAGGAACGGCAGCGAUUUGCUUAAUGACCCGUGGCUAGGAAAGUUGUAAAAGGGGGAGGGGAAGCGAACCGAGGUCUGGCUUAAACGGCAGAGGUUUUGGGUUCUGCUUGCGGUCGUACGUUGAGGAUUACCUGUGUGAAAAAACGCAGAGAAGGGGAAGCCACGUGGUUCGAUAACGUGGUUCGCUACGGAUUGAAAGACGGUGGACUUCAGAAGCUGCGGUAAAGGGAUUGAAACGAGCUAUUUUUGACAAAGGUUUUUUGCCACUCCUGCUGGCUUCUUGCUCUCCUCGCUCAGGGCUCCUUAGUCUUAACACUAAAAAGAAGUGACUCCUUCAGAUUGUAAUUUGGAGUCAAACUGGUUUGGAACCGGAUUCAACCCCAAGGUGCGCCUUUGGCUGUUUUCACAAGCGAGACGCCACUUUUAUCAAAUAAAAGUGAGCGGCAGCUUUCAUCUCAAAUCACUGGAAAACAUCUUAA